AUGAGCGUUGAAAUUGGUACUAAGGUUGAAGGUGAAAGUCGCAUUUGUCGUUCUCACUUAAGUCCUGAUAAAUUGAUUGAUUCACCCGAAGUUGAAAAAGAAAUCGCAAAAAUUGUUGGAGUUGAAAAAAAAGAAUUGAAAGCUUGGAAGUAUUUUCAAUUAUCCGGUUACAAUUGGUUGACUUAUAACGAUAUAGAUCAAGAAAUCAGAACUAUUGGAGCCGGUCUGAUAAAAUCGGGUUUAAAUAAAGGAUCUAAAAUUACAAUCUUUGCUUCUACAAGUUUUUCACAAAGUAUGACUAUUGUGACUGCAUAUGACACCCUUGAAGAAGAAGGUCUUCUUCAUUCAAUGAACGAAGCAGAAGUUAAUGGAAUGUUUGCUAAGGCAGAUUUACUUCUAAUGGUUGAAAAGUUAGGCAAAGAUCAUUCAAUAAAUCCAAAUUCACCACAACCACAAGACAUAUGUUGUAUUAUGUACACUUCUGGAUUCACUGGUAAUCCAAAAGGUGUCAUGCUAACUCAUGCUAAUCUCGUUGCAGCAAUUCAAGAUGAUGAUUCAUUUCUUGCAUACCUUCCACUUGCUCAUGUUCUUGAAUUCGUUGUGGAACAUGUAUGUAUUUGUUUAAUGACUGGUGUACCAGCAGUGUGGGAAUCGAUUAGGAAAGGCGUUCUUUCAAAAAUUCAUGGAGGCAGUCCAACUUUACAAAAAAUUUUUGAUAUAGCUUUCACACUAAAGAUAAAAGAACAAACUGGUGGAAGAUUGAGAUUCGCGUUGUCACCCAUUUCUAAGGAAACACAGGAAUUUUUAUGUAUAACUUUAUGUCCAAUAUUGCAAGGUUAUGGUAUGACCGAAUCUUGUGGUACGACUACAAUUCUUAUGCCAGAGCAAUUUACUUAUGGCAGUGUUGGAACACCAGUACCUUGUAUAGAAGUAAAAUUAGUUGACGUACCAGAUGCUGAAACAUUUACAGAAGAUGGAUGGCUACAAGCAGGAGACAUUGGAGAAUGGAAACCAAAUGGAAGCCUACCAAUUAUUGACAGAAAGAAAAAUUUAGUGAAAUUAGCAUAUGGUGAAUACAUUGCACUUGAAAAAUUGGAAUCAGUUUACAAAUCAACCUUAUUUGUAUCCAAUAUUUGUGUUUGUGCCAACUCGUAUCAGUCACGCCCUGUAGCUUUAAUUUUUCCUAUUAUAGCACAAAUCAGAAAACUUGCAACAGAAAAAAACAUAGUUGAAACAGAUUUUGAAGAGUUGUGCCGAAAUCAAGAAAUAACCAAUUCGGGACUUUUGACAUCAGCACAAAAAAUUAAACGCAAAGAUCUUCAGCAAAAAUAUCAAGCUGAUAUUGAUAGGAUGUAUGGCAAAAAAUAA